CCCUGCUCCUCCCUCUUCUCCCUCAUACGUUGUCGACGCUCUGCAUUCCCCUCUCUCCCUCCUCUCACAUCCUUCUUUUCUCGUGGCGCGCCUUAAAAAAGAAAAAAAAAAUACAUAUACAAAACAAACACGCCUCUACAGCAGAUUCGCCCCUUUUAUGAGGAGGCAGUGAACAACCAGUGUUGCUAUUAGGGCUUAUUACUCUGUCGUCUUUUUCUCUCUCCUUCUCCAGCUUGAUAAUAUCCGUUCUCUCUCCUCUAGCGAGACGACUGCUCACCCCGUUACCCUGGUUUGACCGAAGGACCACGCUUGAUCCGUUCCCUGGACUGGACCAUUACCCUUUCGGAUCUUAGAAAAGCCUGUUGUUCCCUGGAUCCAUCGUUUUUCCCUCUGGGAAAUACACUUGCUCCCGUCUUGAGAUACCUCAGAUCCUUGGUUUCCUUUCGCGGCAGCAGUUGAACUGUUACCCGCACUGCCAAUCAGCCACAGAAAAGCAAAUAAAAAAAGCAAAAGAAUAAAAAAAGGAUCCGAUAUCUUGCAUCCGGGAUUUUCACCAGACCAAGUGAUUUUUUAUUUUUCUAUUCGCCCUCAAAAACAAACCUGACCUUCAGCGGCCUUACUUGCCAUCCAAGCGGAAAAAAUACUUGCACGUGGAUUUGUCCGUCCUCUUUGCCUCAGGGUCUCACUGGAUUUCAUUUUGUUUAAUCCGUUAAAAGCAAGCAGUCAUAUUUUGAGAUUCAACUCCCUACCAGCAAGAGCAUAUCAUGGCACACUCAGAGCGUCAAAAUGAAUAUUUUAUUGAAAAGGACGGCAUCAGUCGCGAGGUGAUCCAGGCUGACAUUUGCCGCUAUCUUGGAAAUGAUGCCCUGGUUAAACCUGGGGUCCACCAGGGGCGCCAAGGAUACUUUAUUCGUGCGUAUCGGAACCUGACUUCUGAAAUGAUUGCCGAUCUCAAGGCCGAUUCUGCUCGAUGGGAGGCGGAGACAUCUCGUAGAGCCGAGAGAGGUCACCCUAGAGGUAAUUACUAUGAUGAUGCGAACUUGUCGCAAGGCCCUAACGGGGUUCCAGCUUCCUACAAUUCAUCUGCUAUUCACGAAUCCCGCCAGCAAGCAACAUAUGCUCCCGCUACAACCCAACCAUACAUGGAUGUAUAUGCUUCAGCGCCGAGUGCCUAUCCUCCUCAGCCGAGCGGACCUGGAUAUGGCCAGUCAUUCAACCAACCUUCAGGCUAUUCGUCAGAUCCAGCACCAUAUCCCCCUGCACCAACUCAAUAUGCUCAAGGACAGUCAUCAAUGCCAGUUGUCACAACUGCAGAGAUGCAGUCAUCUUAUACCUACGCUCCUGGGAAUCCUGGCAAUCCUUACCCCUAUGCUGAUAGCCGUGCCGCACCCCGUUAUACCGGCCAAGGAUAUGAGAAUGACGGCCCGGAUUAUGCACCAGUCCCCACUACGGGUAUGGGCUAUCCGCCCACCACUGCUCCCGACCCUCGGAUGAUGGACCCAAGAUAUUCCCCUGAGAGCGUUUAUCCGGAUCCUAGAGGCCCAGUUAGCAGGCCAAUGCAAGCAAGGGAGAGAGAUCCUCAACGCCGACCCCGCUAAUAUGUUACCUGUUCCAAUAUGGGAUUUGAACUUAUUCUGUGUUCUCCAAUUCAAAAAGAAAAAAAAAUAAAAAGGUCACAUUAUACAGUGGCCUCAUGGAACAGCCCCAAAGAAUGUGGAAUUUUUACACUCUCCUUGCAGUCUGCAUGACUAGUUUUUUCUUUGCGGCCCACUCUUUGAAUCUCUUAGAUCCAUGUGCUACACUGAUUGUCAUGGAUCGGGCCUCACUGAGAUGAGAAUGUGUAAAAAUUGGCGUCCACCGACGUCAAAACUGUGCAUUGCUUUAUUCGCAACGAUACAGUGAAGGCCAGAUUCUCGACGCGCUAUUGGAGUGGAGCUUAAUUCAUAUCUCUUCCCGUGGACUACUAUUACUUGUUCCUGGAUUCGGCGCGUUACGGGCUGGUUUGGGGGUGUUGGCGGAAAAAGGCGGCUUCGUGUAUGAACCUGGAUCCUCCAGUGAUGUUAUUGAAAAAAAAAAAAAA